AUGGAUUGCAGAAACAGUCUCAUGAAAGAAAUGAUCCUGGAUCCCCUCGGCGAAGAAUUCAAGACCGACACGGUUUCAGCUCCCAGCUUAGAGUACGUGAGCUGGAUCGACAAUGAGAAUUACGCGGCGAUCCUAUCCACGGACCAAGAAGAGAACAAUACAGAGAGGACCGUGCCAGGAUUCGCUUUAACGAGCCGCGUCGAUCGUCGAACAAAGAAACGGGCACUAACGACCCGGCUGGAGUGCGACCACUGUCACCGUAAGUUCUUGAAGAAGAGCAACCUCGCCGAACACUUGAAAAAGCACCGUCACAAGUGCCCGGACUGCCCGAAGACAUUCAGGCUCAGUCGAUACUUGGCAUCUCACGUCGAGAAGAUCCAUCGACGCCAGGUGUACGACUGCACCGUGUGCGAGUACAAAAGCAACAACAAGGGCACCCUGAAGAACCACUAUAUACGAUUGCACACGAGCAACUACAAUUUCGCCUGCGACGUGUGCGGCAAACAGUUCAAGAUCAAAAAAGCGUUGAAUCACCACGUGAAACAAAACCACAGCGACGCGCCACCGAUCGUUUGUGACGUGUGCGGCCAUUUCAGCAGAAAUCUUCACGCUCUAAAGGCCCACAUGAAGUACAGACACUAUAAACCAGAGUUCAUCUGCAGGAUCUGCCGCAGAGGCAUGACCACGCAAGAGAACCUGGAGCAACAUUUGACCUGGCACGAAACCAGGGAAAAGGUGUUGUGUCCCACCUGCGGCAAGAGGUUUAGGAGUCGCGACCUUGACUCGCACAUGAGAGUGCACACCGGGGUGAAGCCGUUUCCCUGUCCCGUUUGCGGAAAAACUUUCAGGAGACAAACCGCUCAGGAGCAACAUGUUCUUAUUCAUACAGGGAAGAGGCCGCGACGUCCGGUGAAUCCCCUGAAAGGCGUCAGGAGCAUAGACGAGCUCUGCGGCAUCAAAAUAGUGAGCACAUUCUCCUUGAAAGACGGUCUCGUAAUACGCAGGCCAAGAGUAAAGACGGUACCCAAUCGAAGAUCUAAUCCCACGUCUCGAAACCCCAAACCAAAGGACCCAGACGCACCGAGGCUCAAGAGGAUCAGAACACCACAGAUAGCGAUCAGAGCCCUGGAAUGCGACCACUGUGGCAAAAAAUUCACUCGGAAGUCGUCGUUGAUACCUCAUAUAAGGAAGCACAUGAACCAGUGCACGUUUUGCGAGCAUGGUUUCCAGAAGCGGAAGGAGCUGAGGCAACAUAUCAGCGAGCAACACGGGCCGCUGAUUUAUCCGUGCCACAUGUGCGACUUUAAGAGCACGAACAAAUGGAUAUUGAAGGAUCACAUCAUCCGUAGGCACACUACCAAUUAUCCAUACACCUGUACCGUCUGCCAGAAGAAGUUCAAACUGAAGAACGACAUGAAGCAGCACGCUAACCAAAUGCACAAUGAUGCGCCAGCCGUGAUAUGCUCCGUCUGUGGCCAUGCUUACAAAAGUGUUCCAGCACUGAAACGGCACAUGAGGUACAGCCAUAACAAGCAUCCGUUCGAGUGCAGCAUAUGCAAGCGUUGCCUGUCCACUGAGGAGAGCCUGGAGCAGCACAUGAUGUGGCACAAGGAGAAAGAGAGAGUGGUAUGCCCAACCUGCGGGAAGAUACUUCGAGGACGUACUAUAGAGGGACACAUGCGGGUGCACACUGGACUGAAGCCAUACCCGUGUCCAGUCUGCGGGAGAUCGUUCACCAGGCAAACCGCCAUGGAGCAACACAUUCUGAUCCAUACCGGCAAAAGGCCGUACAUUUGCGACGUCUGCGGACAGGCGUUCGCCCAGAAACCUGGACUGAUCUGUCACCGGAAGCGCCAUCCGGGACCGCUACCACCGUUGCCCGCUGUGUCGAUUAAAAGCAUCGUGAUGGAAUUUACUAAGGAGUAUACCAUGAAGAACACGGGUGUUGACAUUGACUUCCCGCCCGUGGAUCCUCUAAGAGAUCCCCUAAACGACACUAACAGCACGGUCGGAUUUUGCGAUAUGAAAAUCAACAGUAUACACUUACCAAACGAUGCUAAGUCAUCUCGAAAACGAACAUCUAGAAGAGCAAUGUCUAAUCGAGGAACUCAAUCUUUACCUCGAAGCUCCAAAGCGAAAGACGCGAAAAACAAGAUGGCGUCGCGACCGAAGCAACUAGAACUGAAGUCGCCAAAGAUGGACCGCGUCAGAAACCUGAAAUGCGACCAUUGUAAGAAACAAUUCAAUCAAAAGAAGCCUCUAGUGGUGCAUAUGACGCAGCACAAACAGCAAUGUACAUCUUGCGAUGAAACGUUCCGAUUGAAGAAAGAUCUGAAUCUACACGUGGAAGAGAAACACGGCCCGGUGAUCUAUCCGUGCACCCUUUGCGACUACAAGAGCGUUAACAAGUGGACGGUGGAGGCGCACGUUAUUCGCAAACACAUGGCCAGCUACCCGUACACCUGCACGAUCUGCCAGAAAAAAUUCAAGCUUAAGAACGAUCUGAAGCAGCACACCAAUAAGAUGCACAACAAUUCGCCACCCAUUAUCUGCACCGUCUGCGGGCACGCUUACAAAAGCGUUCCCGGUCUGAAGGCUCACAUGAGGUACAGUCACUACAAGCAUGCUUUCCAGUGCAGCUUAUGCAAACGUUGUCUGUCCACUCAGAACAGCCUGGAUCAACAUUUAGUCUGGCACCAGAAGCGCGAGAAAGUGGUGUGCCCCACCUGCGGGAAGACGUUCGGCCAGAAGAGGGAUCUCGAAAUUCAUCUGAGGAUCCACGAGGGUAUCAAACCGUACUCGUGUCUAGUUUGCAGUAAACCGUUCACCCGAAAGAACACGCUCGAACAACAUAUGCUGAUACAUACUGGAAUGAAGCCGUACACUUGUGAUAUUUGCGGGCAAGGCUUCGCUCAGAAGGCGGGGCUGAUUUGCCAUAGGAAGAGACAUCCUGGACCCCUGCCGCCUUUACCAGUGAUCUCCGCCAGGAAACUCAUCAUGGAUUACACUCAGGAACUGAGUAAAGUGUCGAAGGAGGGAGACGAAGGUCGGAAAAAAGAGAAUCCUGGUGAAGAUGACAGCCAAGCCCAUGGGAAGGAGGAUCGAGUGGUUUGA